AUGACUGAAGACAAAGAACCUAUUGUCAGAAACGUUCAUCUUGUUUAUGUCAUGGCCUUAGUAGUUGGAACCAUAAUCCAGUUCUCUGAUGAAAUUGAGUUUUCAGUCGACAUGUCAAAAACAGGCCUUACUCAGGUUCCAAAAGACCUACCACCAAAAACCAAAGUCUUAGAUAUGUCUCAAAACGAUAUAUCUGAACUUUACAUGUCUAACAUUAGCUUCCUAACAGGGCUGAAAGUUUUGAUACUUUCCCAUAAUAGAAUCCAGCAUCUUGAUUUUAGUGUUUUUGAGUUCAACCAGGAUUUGGAAUAUUUGGAUUUAUCUCACAAUCAGUUGUGGAAGGUGUCCUGCUACCCUGUUGCAAAUCUCAAGCAUUUAGACCUCUCAUUCAAUGACUUCGAUGCUCUGCCCAUCUGUAAGGAAUUUGGCAACUUGAUGCAGCUGAAUUUCUUGGGACUAAGUGCUAAAAAGUUGCAACAAUUAGAUCUGCUACCUAUUGCUCACUUGCAUCUAAGUUACAUCCUUCUGGAUUUAGAAGGCUAUUAUGUGAAAGAAAAUGAAAUAGAAAGUCUUCAAAUUCCAAAUACAAAGAAACUUCAUCUUGUUUUUCAUCCAAAUCAUUUAUUCUCUGUCCAAGUGAAUAUAUCAGUUAACACUUUAGAGUUUUUAGAACUUAGUAACAUUAAAUUAAAUGAUGAAAACUGUCAAGUGUUAAUCAACAUUUUAUCAGAACUCACCCGAGGUCCAAACUUACUAAAUUUUACCUUGAACCAUGUGGAAACAACUUGGAAAUGUUUGGUUAUCAUUUUUCAAUUCCUUUGGCCCAGACCUGUAGAAUAUCUCAGUAUUUACAAUUUAACAAUAAUUGAAGACAUUAGGGAAGAAAAAUUUAUGUAUUCUAAAACUGCAUUGAAAGCAUUGAAAAUAGAGCAUGUUACAAAUAGAGUUUUUAUUUUUUCAAAGAAUGCAUUAUAUAGAGUGUUUUCGGAGAUGAACAUUAUGAUGUUAACCAUAUCAGAUACACGUUUUAUACACAUGCUCUGUCCUGAGAAACAAAGCACAUUUAAGUUCUUAAACUUUACUCAGAAUGUUUUCACAGAUAGUAUUUUUGAAAAUUGUUUCACUUUAGCUAGAUUGGAGACACUUAUCUUACAAAAGAAUGGAUUAAAAGACCUCUUCAAAGUAAGUCUCAUGACAAAGGAUAUGCCAUCUUUGGAAAUAUUGGAUAUUAGCUGGAAUUCUUUGGAAUUCAAUAGUCACGAGGAAAAUUGUACUUGGGUUGAAAGUAUAGUAGUGUUAAAUCUGUCUACAAAUAUGCUUACUGAGUCUGUUUUCAGAUGUCUACCUCUCAGGGUCACAGUCCUUGAUCUACACAGUAACAGAAUAAAAAGCAUUCCUAAACAGAUAGAAAAACUAGAAGCUUUGCAAGAACUAAAUGUUGCUUUCAAUUAUUUAACUGACCUUCCUGGAUGUGGAACAUUUACCAGACUUUCUGUAUUGGUCAUUGACCAUAAUUCAAUUUCCCUCCCAUCAUCUGAUUUCUUCUCCAGUUGCCAGAGCGUUAGGUCAAUGAAAGCAGGGAACAAUCCAUUCCAAUGUUCAUGUAAACUAAGAGAUUUUAUCAAAAAUAUAGGUCAAGUAUCAAGUGAAGUUGUAGAGGACUGGCCUGAGUCUUUUGAGUGUGCCUACCCAGAAAGCUAUAGGGGAACCCCAUUACAGGAUUUUCACAUAUCUCAAUUAUCCUGCAAUACAACUCUGCUGAUUGUCACCAUUGGGGUCACCAUGCUGGUGUUGGUUGUUACUAUGAUCUUCAUCUGUGUCUACUUAGAUCUGCCCUGGUAUCUCAGGAUGGUGUGUCAGUGGACCCGGACCCGGCACAGGGCUAGGAACAUACCCAUAGAGAAACUCCAAAAAACAUUCAAGUUCCAUGCUUUUAUUUCAUACAGUGAGCAUGAUUCUGACUGGGUAAAGAAUGAAUUACUACCAAAUCUAGAAAAAGAUGACAUACAGAUUUGCCUCCAUGAGAGAAACUUUGUAGCUGGCAAAAGCAUCAUUGAAAAUAUCAUAAACUGCAUUGAGAAAAGUUAUAAGUCCAUCUUUGUUUUAUCUCCCAACUUUGUCCAGAGUGAAUGGUGCCAUUAUGAACUCUACUUUGCCCACCACAAACUCUUUCUUGAUGGGUCUGAUAACUUAAUCCUGAUCUUGCUGGAACCUAUUUCACGAAACAGCAUUCCUGGUAAGUAUCACAAGCUGAAGGCUCUCAUGGCACAGCGGACUUACUUGGAAUGGCCCACUGAAAAAAGCAAACGUGCACUUUUUUGGGCCAACAUUAGAGCUGCUUUUAAUGUGGAAUUAACACUGGUCCCUGAAAAUAAUGAUGUGGAAACUUAA